AUGCAGAAGCUCAUCGUUUUCUUCACCACAAUUGCCGCCGCUCAGGCUUUCCUUCUUCCAUCUGGAGGAGGUGGAGGAUGUGGAUGCGCUCCACCACCACCACCACCACCAUGCGGAUGCGGAGGACCAUCCCUCCCACCACUCCAACUCCCAAGAUUUGAACUCCCAAGACUCUCUCUCCCAUCAUUCGGAGGAGGUUGCGGAGGACCAGCUCCAUGCGCUGCUCCAGCUCCAGCCUACGCUGCCCCACCACAAGCCGCCGGAUACGCUACCGCCCCAGCUGCCGGAGGAUACGCCACUGGACCAAUCGGAGGACCAAUCGGAGGACCAAUCGGAGGAGGAUACCAAGCUGCCCCAGCUUUCGGAGGAGCCGCUGCCGGAGGAAACUACCAAGCCGCCCCAGCCGUCGGAGGAGCCGGACCAAUCGCCGGAGGAAACUACCAAUCUGGACCAGCCCCAGCCGGAGGAAACUACCAAGGACCAGCUCCAGCUGCCGGAGGAAACUACCAAGCUGGACCAGCCGCUGUUGAGUCUGCUCCAAUUGGACAAGCUGCCCCAUCCGGAGGAGCUUACCAAGGAGCCGCCCCAGCCGGAGGAGCCUACUCUGAGGGACACAAGAACUAG